AUGCGGAAGCACAUGAAUGAGGUGCUGUGGAAUGGGGCUCGGAUGCCACCACAUGAGAUAGUUUUGAGGACUGGGGGUUGGAUGCAUGAAUUUCAUAAAUGGCACAAACCCCAGACUCGGAGGACGGCUAAAGAGUUCAAAAAAUGGAGGAAACCUGGGGUGAGAUGGAUCAAAUGUAAUUUUAAUGGGGCUUGGAGUAAAGGCAGCUCUCGGGGAGGCUAUGGUGUCAUGCUUAGGGAUCACACAUGUGUAUUUCUAGGAACUAUGGCUGGUUCUAUCGAGGGGUAUGCGUCGGCCCUGUACUCGGAGCUGAUUGCAGCUCGCCAUGCAGUGAGGUUGGUCAAGAGGCUAUAUCCACCUGAUGUCAAGGUAAAGUUGGAAGGUGAUUCAAGUGUGGUGAUGGCUGCUAUGAAAGGAAAAGGGGACGAUGAUUCCAUUUGGGGAUCAAUUAUAAAUGAUUUGAGGUUCUUUCUUAAGGAGUUGCCUUAUAUGGAGUGUGGACACGUUCAGAGGGAAGGUAACUCAAUUGCGCAUCGUCUUGCUCGGAUGGACCUCAGUUGUUUUCAGGAGGUGGUGUGGUUCGAGAAGCCUCCAGAUUUGAUUCAAGAUCUUUUGUUUGAGGAAGAUAUGUAA